AGCAGCUGUUGCUAAAGGGCUCUCUGGAUACGCGUUACGUUUUGUGGGUGCCGCUGGAGCAGGUCUCCACCAGCCUCAGGAGAGAACUAAAGCAGACUGCUGGAGAGUCUGACGUCCUGCUGGACAGGCUGAACACUACAGGCCCAAUCUGUGGAUCUCUAAACCUCCAAAAUCCUGCAGACUGAAACACAGUUGGCAGCAUUGCAGCAUCCGGGACAGGUGCGCUCGACGAAAGCGCUCUCUCCGAACCCGUCCCGCUGAAGAACCGCAUGGCUGUAUACCAGGCAGCGGCUGCCAAACAGGACAGAACAGGCUUCUCCAGUGCGGUCAUGGAGGAGGCUGAGGUUUGUUCUCUGCCCGGAGGUUUGGCCAGCAUCCGCAGACAGUUUGAGACUGAGAGCAGAUCUUCAGUUCACACCGUCACCCAGAUUCAACACUCACACAGAGCUGUGCAGGAGGUGUCAGAUUCAUCAGUUUUGAGUGUGUCGAGCAGCGCAGCGAGUCGUCAAGCCUCACAGCAGGUCUUCCUCCAGGAUGAAAGGUCUACACGUGAUCAAAUCGCUCAUAAACGGGAAAUUAUGUCCAGUUAUGAGAAUCAUAACAAUCAAACAGAGGAGGAUGAGUAUUAUCCAAAGCUCUCCACUAAAGAACUGGCACAGCAUUUCGAGAAGACUAUUGAAGAAGCAGCCCCUAGCAAGAAAAUCAAGAUUGAACGUGACAAAAGCCGUGCACAACUGCAAUCAGAUGUCAGCGCAUCCCAUCAAACCGUAAGGACUGAGAUAGCAAGCACUCUGAAUAGUGUUUCCACAAAUAAAGCAGAACUUGUCGAACCAUUGAUUACUUUUGACGAUCAAUAUAUCGAUGAUGAAGAAGAUCUGGAAUAUCUGCCACCACCUCCACCCGACUUACUAGAGGAGCCUUCAGAUGAUGCUGAAAUCUUCCCUGAACCCCCAUUACAACCAGUGAAACACACAGUAAACAGAGAGCAACACUUCAGACAGAGGGAGCUAAUGGAACUGAAGCGUCUUUGCAAACACAUUCACCCAGAUGUCAGGAAAGACCUGGAAAAAGAUUUCUACAAUGAUGAGGACAUCGAAGCUGUGGGUGAUGUUCAAGAGGCAGCGUACCAGUUUGAACACACCGGAAGGAAUUCAAAUGGAAGCCCGGAUCGUGAAUAUCUGGAGUGGGAUGAGAUUCUGAGAGGGGAAGUGCAGUCCAUGCGUUGGAUGUUUGAGAAUAAACCUUUGGAUUGCAUUAAGGAUGACUCGGACAAUGAAGAGGAAAGCAGAAAGAUUGUUCAGCAGGAGUUUGUCGCAGGAGGGGAUGUUAGAAACACAGCUUUGAUGUUUGAGAUGCAGCCUAUUGAUGAGGUGGGACAGAAACGGGAUUCUAAACGAAACUACCUUGUGAACGAAGUUGGGAAAAGAGAUGUGCGUGCUGCUGCAUGGUUGUUUGAGACAAAGCCAAUGGAUACACUAAAUAAACUUCACACUGACGAUGAGCAAACCAAAGAAGUAAUCUUCACACAUGAAGCCACAGAAGGGGAUAUGAAGUCUGUGAGGUACAUAUUUGAAAACCAAGAAAUGGAUUCUCUGGGUGACACCGAAACCAUGGAUGAAAAGCAGCUGCUGAGCUUAAAGUCUGUACUGGAGGAGAUCAAGUCAGAAGUCAAGAAAAUUAUAUGGAUGUUUGAUACUCAAUGCAUGUGUGUGAUGAGGGAACACUCUGGCGAAAUGGUUUUGAUAACUUCUGUGCGUCGAGAGGAGACUGAGAAAGGAGACAUCAAAACAUCGAGAUGGCUUUUUGAGACGCAGUCUUUGAAUGAUAUCAAGAUGGACAUCUCUCAGGUCAGGCUCAUCUCUAGUGUGUCCAUGGAGGACAACCAUAUGGGUGAUGGAAAAAGGGGAAGAUGGCUGUUUGAGACAAAGAGGCUUGACUCCAUAAACUCCCAGUGGGAGAGACUGCAGAAUCAGCAGAAAGAGAUUCUCGGGGCGGAUGUGCGCAAGCAUUGCAUGGUGUUUGAGACACAGCCGAUGGAUACACUUAAAGAUGAUGCCAACUCCAGACCUGUUGCCACAGAACAGAUUAUCGGAGGCAACGUUCGCUCUGUAAGACACUUAUUUGAAAACGCUCCACCGGAUGAACUGAAAGAGCUUCCAGAGGUAGGAAAACUACAAAAAAGGCCUGUGUACGAGGAAGAACAAGGUGAUGUGAGACAUCAGAAAUGGAAGUUUGAGAAUGAAGCACUGAUGAGGAUGAUCAAAGAUGAGGACAAUGAGGCACACAGACUUAAAACUGUAGCAUUAGAGGAAGAAAAAGGUGAUGUAGGCCAUCAGAGAUGGCUGUUUGAGAACCAACGUUUGGAAGACAUUCAAGAGGAAAAGAAAGUGUUUAUGAAAACAAUAGAUUCUGAACAAAUUGAUAAAAGUUACAAGGGUGAUGUCCGUAGAAAUUGUUGGGUGUUUGAGACACAACCGAUGGAUACAUUAAAGGAUGAUUCCAAUGCCAGACCAGCGAGUGCAGAGGAAAUUAUAGGAGGUGACGUCCAAUCUGCCAGACACUUUUUUGAGACUGCUCCAAAAGAUGAGAUAAAAGAGCUUGCAGAGGUGGGGAAACUCAAAAGAAUGAUGACAUCUGAGGAGAAAGGAGAUGUACGACACCAAAAGUGGCUGUUUGAGAGCCAGCCGCUGGAGCAGAUCAGAGAGGAGAGAAAGGAAAUCACAAAAACUGUGAAUCUGGAGGACAUUGAAAAUGUGGAUGUGAGAAAUUACAAGCAAAUAUUUGAAACAUAUGAUUUAAGCCAGUAUGACGAAAGUCAAAGGAUUCAAGUUGAGGGAGUCACCACUGGUUCUGUGAGAUCCAAUAAAGAUCUAUUUGAGUCCAUGCCAUUAUACGCUUUGCAAGACAGCUCUGGACAUUACCAUGAGGUCAGAACUGUAAGGCGGGAAGAAAUCGUCAAAGGAGAUGUCAGAAGCUGCCAGUGGAUGUUUGAAACUCGCCCUAUUGACCAAUUCGAUGAGAGCAUCUCUAAAUUCCAAAUCAUAAAGGGCAUAACCCAACAAGAGGUUGAAUCUGGAGAUGUCAAGACAGCUAAAUGGCUUUUUGAAACACAGCCUCUCGAUGCCAUUAAGUAUUUCAGCAAUAUUGAAGAUGACGAGUGUGUUACUAAGGAAACAGCAGACAUAGUGAAAGGUGAUGUCAAAACCUGUAAGUGGCUUUUUGAGACUAAACCUAUAGACACUCUGUAUGAAAGGGAAGAGCUUGAGAGUACAAAAGACUCUGAUGAAGUUCAAAAAGGAGAUGUGAAAACAUGCACUUGGCUUUUUGAAUCUCAAACCCUUGAUGCCAUACAGGAUAACUCAGAAAAGGUGUUGCAAAUUCGCACUGUGAACCAAGAGGACAUUCAUGGGAAAGAUGUCCGCAUGGCACGAUUCCUCUUUGAGACGGAGAACCUGGAGAACAUCGCUGGAGAGGAUCGAGAAGCAUUUAAGAGUGUGACUGAAAUAGAUAUACAGUCAGGGGAUGUGUCUCGGAUGAAAUACAUAUUCGAGACCCAGUCUUCUGACGUGGUGAGCUCAACCUCUGAGGACUUUAUGAGACAGCUGCGAAGCGCUCAAGCUGACGAUAUUCAGAAAGGAAAUGUUGGAAACUGCAAAUGGCUAUUUGAAAACCAACCCAUAGAUGAAAUAUCCGAGAACCCCAGUGAGCUGAAAGGAGCCCGGAUGAUACAAGACGUUCAGGGAGGCAAUGUUGAUAAAGGUAGAUUCAUUUUUGAGACCUACUCUUUAGAUAAGAUUCAAGACUCUGAGGCUGAAAUAGGAAAGCUGCAGAAAGUCAUCAGAGAGGAUGAGGAAAAAGGAGAUGUGAAAACAUACGCCAUGAUGUUUGAGACUCAGCCUCUUUAUGCUAUCCAAGACAAAGAAGGCCAUUAUCAUGAAGUGACCACGCUUACAAAAGAAGAAAUACAAAGAGGUGAUGUAGUAGGAGCCCGUUGGCUGUUCGAAACAAAGCCUCUGGACUCAAUUAGAGAGACAGAUGAGGUCUACAUUUUAAAAGCGGUUACACAGGAAGAUAUCCACAGUGGUGAUGUCAGCUCAGCAAGAUGGAGGUUUGAAACCCAGGCCCUUGAUAAGAUUGCAGAAGAUGCUAAAAUAUCAAUCAAAACUGUCGAGGACAUUCAGGGAGGAGAUGUUAAAACAAACAAGCAGCGUUUUGAAUCUGAUGCAAUGUCUCAAAAGUUGGUGCGCACUGUCAGCAUGAGUGAAAUCCACAAAGGAGAUGUCAGGACAGCAAAAUGGAUGUUCGAAACUCACACAAUUGAUCAGAUCCAUGCUGAAAAGUCAGAGGAAGAGAUGAAAACUGUUGUUCUGGAAGAACAGCUAAAGGGGGAUGUUAAACAGUCUGUGUGGCUAUUUGAGAAGAAUCCUCUUGAUCAUAUUAAUGAGAGUGAGGAACAACAUAUACAAGUGGUUUCUGAAGACAUACCCAAAGCAGAUGUGAAAUCCACAACUUGGCUUUUUGAAACCACACCGUUCACUGAAUUCAAUGAGAGCCGAGUCGAGAAGACUGAGAUUGUUGGUAAAAGUGUCAAGGCCACCCUUGAUGAAUUGUACACCCAGAAAAUGGUAGACUCCAAAGGCAUCAUCAUAGAAGCAGAUGAAAUUGGAGAUGUUCGCAUGGCAAAGUACAAUCUUAUGAACAAAGAUGCCCCUGAGAUUCAAAAAGAAGAAAUCAUUAAAGGAGAUCUGCAAAACAUCAUGAUAAACCUCCUCAACAGACAGGAGAAAACAGAGGAGAAAAUCAUUAUAAAUGCAGAGGAGAGGGGCGACAUCAGCGGAACUGUGCAACAGCUGCUCCAAGAGCACAGUGGCACCUCUGUGGAGAAAGAGGAGAUAAUGAGAGGUGACAUUCAGGAAGCCAUAAACAACCUGCUGAAAGAGGAGAGCACUGGCAAACGGGGCAUUCUCAUUCAGGAAGACGAAAGGGGGGACAUUCGUAUGACCAUCUACUCUUUAUUCAAUUCUCACGAGGAAUCAAGCACCGAGAAAGAAUAUAUAGUCAGAGGUAAUGUGAAAGGGUGCCUAGAGAGACUUUGCAAUCCAGACACAGAGGAGGUUGCGAGAAUUAAAGUGGAAGAAACGGAAAGGGGAAAGGUGAGCUUUUAUUCUACAUGUAUUGAGUCAGGUGCACUGGAUUACCUCAAAAAGCUGCAGGUAGAGCCAGAUGAGGGAGACCUGGGUAAAAUUGAAAAAGAGGAAAUCAUCGGGGGAGAUAUUAAGGAAACGAAACUCAUCCUGACACGUAAUCAAGCUCAAAUUGGUCGUCUGGUGGACAGGGAAGAUAUAGUGCCUGGCGAUGUUCAUAACACAGUUAAGGUUUUCAUGACUGAGCCUCAAGUCUCAUUUGAACAUUUACAAAAAGAAGAGAUUGUGAGAGGAGACCUGCAAGCUGCGCUGAAUUCACUGACACAGUCUAUAAACCAGGCGGUUGUUCUGGAAAAAGAAGAAGUUGUUAAAGCUGAUUUAACUAUGACCCUGAGGUCUCUUGAGGAGGCCCAAAAUCAGCCCAAAGAGGUAGAAAAGCCCGAAAUCAUCCCUGGUAACAUCAAAGGAGCCCUGCAAUUACUCAAAGACUCUUCUUCCACCAAGGUGGAAGUUGUCGUAGAAGAUUUGGUGCCAGGUGACAUCAAAGGUACAUUGAAAUCGCUGGAAGAGGCCAAACAUGCUGUGAGAGAGGUGGAGAAGGAGAUGAUUGUUAAGGGUGACAUUCACACUGCAAUACAGAGUCUACAAGAAGCAUCAAAUGAGAGAAAGGUUUGCCAGCAGGACAUUGGUGUCCAGGGAGAUGUGAAAGGAAAGAUUCAACUGCUACUAGAGCCUCCUCCGUCUCCCAGAAUGCAACGUAGAGCUAGCACAGAGGGCGACGUGAAGCUUUCAAUAAAGUCACUCUAUGACACCCAAGAGCAAGUUCAAUCAGAGAAAGAAGAGGUGAUUAAAGGAGACGUUAAGGGUACAAUAAAAUCCUUAAUGGAAACAGCACGCAGAUCGAGCCCAACGAUUCCCAGAAGGGAACCGAUUAGAAAGGUCAAAGUUCCUGCCAAAGCCCCGUCUCCAUCUGUGAAAGACAUCCCAGCACAGAGGCCCACCCCUGCAGUUAAAAACCUUGAUAUGAGCAGUGAAUCACAGAGCACUCACAAGCAAUCAAUGCAAAACAGAUAUGGAUGUCAAGAGAGCUCUACAAUCAGUGGCCACACCACAACAUGCAGCCAGGAGACAAAGACCACAGUGCUGGAGCACAAAACAAUUGUUCAAACACAUGGUGUCAAAACGCUGAAGACUGAUUUCCGUAACCUCAAAAAAAGUGGCUGUAAGGGUUUAAUCAGACUGGAUAAAAGAAAAAAGCAGGACAUGUGUAUGCCACCUCCAUUACUUGACCCGGAACCCCCUCUGCCUCCUCCUCCAUCACCCCCUCCAGAUUAUGACAGCAUCUCAUUUCCCACUCCUCCUCCGAGCAUCAGAGGUGAUCAUGAUCUUCCUCUUCCCCCAACACCUCCUCCUGGUGAUCCAGCCAAGACAGAACUCGAUCAUUUACCUCCCCCACCAUCUCCAUCACCUCUCCCCCCUGCUCCACCCACAGCUGAGUUAGACCUCCUUCCUCCCCCUCCAACAGAGCAAGAACUAGACAUCCUUCCGCUGCCCAGCCUAACACCAUCCAAACCCACAAAAAUGACUGUCAAACCCGUCAAAGCGCCAAUGCUUUGCAAAGUACCCAAGCUUGAGCCAGCGAUUUCAUUUGAGCAAAUAAAUGUGCAUUCUGUAGAAGAAAGUAGAAAAAAUGUCACCACAUCAUCAGCCAAGUCCACCAUGGUAUCCUCUAAAAUUCAGUCUGCAUUAACAAAACAGCCACCGGAGUCUCCGCGGCCUCCCAAGAAAGUUUUCACAAACUUGAUGCUCACCCCUCCCCCUUCUCCUCCUCCAGUGUGCAAAUCCCCGGUAAGCAAAUUCAAAACCCCAUUAAUACAAGCUGAACAGAAGUACAGACAGCAAAGGGAGGAAAGCUGCACGCCGCCGCCACCACCAUCACGCUCCCCAGCCUUUGAAAUCCUCAUGCACGAGUCAGUCAGUGCAGCCCUUGAAAUGCUUUCUUCAGAGAGCACGAGCACGGUGCAAUCAGAGGCAAGCAUAUCAUUUGAUUUCACUCAAGAGAGAGCUCAAAAGAGUGUGACCAAAUCGGAAUCAGCCACAGACUCAUAUGAUUCAUCCAAGCACACAGCUUUUUCAAAUGCUCCCCCAAGCAAGGCUUUGAUCACUGCCACAAAUGAGCAAUCUCCUCCAGAAUCUCCUGUUAUUUCCUCAGUUAAACAGAGCAUUAUCUCUAAUCAGUCAUCGCUGGGCUCUUCAGGUCAGCAGCAGACCACCUCCACUUCAACCAAAAGGAAAAAGAAGAGAUCUAUGACAACCAAUAUACAACAGGUGACCAAAACGGUUAUUAAAAGCAUAGACAAAGAUGAAAUAACAGCCUCUGUCAUAACAGACAAAACUCAAAGUGCUCCUACAAAUGCAUCUGAGACUGUCGAAAAAGAUGUGAGCAGCAUAUCUUUAUCUGAGGACAAAACAAAAGAGGAAAGUUCUCCAAAGAAAAAUCAAGAAAAAAGCUUAUCUGAUCGAUCCAAAGCAAACAAAGAGUCUCAAAUUAAGGAUGCUGAGCAGAGGCCACAAAAGCCAGACUGUCAAAAGGUGAAGAAAAUUAACAAGAGUGUUAAACUGGAGAGCAGUGAGAAAGCCACAGCGGAGCAGGAUAACAUUCAGGUGAAAGAAAGCAGAGAAAGAAGCCCCACAGAAACAGAGGGUAAAGUGGAGAAAAUGGCAAAAGAGAAGCCUGUAGACGAGCCUCCUGCCGCUCCAAAAAAGAAAAGGAGGAGCAAGAAUAAGAAAGACAGAGAGGCAGCUCAAAGCAACAACACCGCAUCGGUUUCGCCUACAGAGGCCACACCUGCUGAGCCUAAGUGGCCAGUCUUGACAUCAGAUGAAAAACAAGAGGAAAUCACCGUUGUGCAAACACAGCGCACCGUUCAAGCGGGACACGCAGAGUUUUACAAGGAGGUCAUCAAAACUGAAAGUACAGUCCAACAGCAGAGUAUCCAGGAGGAGGGCAUGGCUGUGCAACUUCAAAAGCAGGCUGGUGGAAGCCAGCAGAUUCCUGAGGAAUCAAAAGAUGAAAGCCGAAAUGUUCCAAUAAAAAUGACAGGCAAAUCUGCACAAAAGGAGCCUGCUGAGUCCUCGGCGGAGAGUGCCGACACAUCUCUAAGACAAGCUGAAGCACAGAAGAUGUUGUCUCAUAUCUCAGAGUUGCAGGGGGUUGCGGGAAAAAUGGACUCUAAGUCUGUAAAGACGCUCCUCAAUGAGAUGCCUGCCUGGCUUUUGGGGCCCGAAGAGAAGAGUGAUUUGGAAGAGGCAGCGGCUGAACACAACGAGCAGAAGUUGAAAGAAAUUCUCACUCAUGUAAAAAACCUUUUAAUGCUCUUUGAAGGCACUAUUGAAAAGCAUGAAUGUGAGGCCACAUCAGAAAAAUUGGUUGUUAGCGGAACCACACAAAGAAUUUCAAAGAUUUCUAUUGGUUCUACGAAGUGUGAAACUCAGAAGGUGGUCAAAGAGGAGACAAAGACAAAACGUAAGAGCCGAAAGCAACAAAUGAGCAACACUACAACUCCUGACCCCAGAGGUCCAUCCCCAUCUUUGCGCAUGCGCUCGCCUUCACCCACAUUCAUCACCAUUGAGUCUACAAGGAGAACUGACUCACCACAGAGAGCAGCACCUUCCCCAACACCACCAACGCCUCCGCCACGCAGGUCUGAGACGCCAAGCUCUCGCAUAAGCAGGGCUUCACCUUCACCUACUGCAAGUCGAGCAGAUAGUUUGACCCGGCUCAGAAAGGCCACAGCUACACUCUCCCGUGGGGCUUCACCAGAUCCAGUGCCUCACGUUGUGGUUUCAGGAAAGAAGUCCGAAAUUGUGGAGUCACCUGCCACGUUUCAUCGGCAGAUCCAAAUCGAUUCUAAAUCUGUCGAAGAGAAAAAAGUCAAAAUGACAUCAUCUGAAACAGCAGUAGUGUCUAUAGAAGAUAAACAAGUCACAGAGACUCAUGCGUCCUUUCAAACAGCAGUAAUGUCUAUUAAUGCUAACAUAAGUGGAGAUGUGUUUAAUAUUCUUGAGCAUUCAGGCACAAGUAAAGAAGACGUCAAGUCUAAAAGUGCAAAAGAGGUGGAGAAAGUCUCAGAGGUUGACCUGUCUGGACAAGCCAAAACAAUUGAGACGUCAGAGGAGAAAGUUAGUAUUAGAAAAGACCCAGCUGACAUAACAGAGAAGCCUGGCAGGGAAACCGAGGACCUGGAGCUUGAUACGGAGAAGAAAGCAAGACAGCAAGAGGAUAUGGCUGCUUUCAACAUCAAGGAUAUUAAAAAUGUUUUUGAAAUGAUUGAGCAAAGUUCCCCCUUCAAAGCACUACAAAACAAACAGGAGGAACAAGAGUCAAGAGUGAGUGAAAUUGCAUCUGAAGGUUCAAAGCCUGAGCUUCCUCCAGAGAGGGAACAAUGCUCCCAGCUGAGCUCCCCUCUGCCUGUGCGCAAAGAUGUGAAAGUAGACAAGUCUGUCGAUCCAACAGGCUUUUCGGAGACAAAAACAGUCACUGAGUGUUAUUCUUCUGUUGACGAGUUCGGCACUAAAAUUAUCGGAUCAACAAGCACCACCAUGGUUUCUAAACACACUGAGAGCGUUACGACACAACGGGCACCUUUUUCCUAUGCUGAUGCCGUGAAGAAAAAGACACCAGAGGUGACGGCAUCACCCGAAGCUUCCGCAGAGGAACUGAUGAAGAACUUCCACAAAACGUGGACAGAAAGUGAGAGUGUGUUCAAAAGCUUAGGUGUCACAGAUUCGAGUACCAAAAUCCGAGAUGUGUGCGGUGUGCAAGAAGAGGGUUUACCCGAUGGAAGGCCUGAUAGCAGACAAAAAGAAGUUCCAUAAAUCAUGCUUUUUCUGCGAGCACUGCAAAAACAAAUUGAGCCUCGGAAACUUUGUCUCUCUCCAUGGACAUUUAUACUGCCAGCCACAUUACAAACAGCUCUUCAAGUCUAAAGGGAAUCUGGAGGAUGGAUUCGGUCAGAGUGAAUUACCGGGCGUUCGGGAUACGGGGGAUA